AUGGAAGAGCGUCUACAGAACAUCCUCGCCCAUGCCGGCGUCGCCUCGCGUCGGGGUGCGGCAUCGCUUAUCGAAGCGGGUGCGGUGACGGUGGAUGGCAUCGUCGUCAAAGAGCCGGGGGCGCGCUUCGACCAGGGGGCGGCGAUCAAGGUGAACGGACGUCCCCUCGCGGCGGCGGAAAAGAAACGGACGAUCGUCCUUUACAAGCCGGUCGGCGUGCUUUCGACGAUGAGUGAUCCUUUUGGGGGACGCACAGUUGCCGAACUUGUGAAGACGCCUGAAAGGCUCGUUCCCGUCGGACGUCUCGACAAGGAUUCGGAAGGGCUCCUCCUCAUGUCCAACGACGGGGAACUCGUCAAUAAACUCACCCAUCCCCGCUUCGAGCAUAAGAAAACCUAUCUCGUGAAGGUCGCAGGACGUUGGAGCGCUGAAAAACUCGCGCUGCUCAGGUCGCCGAUCAAGCUCGACGACGGCUACACCAUCCGUCCGGUGCCAGUUGAGGUUGUGCGUGAAUGGGAGAAUCAUACGCGGCUACUUAAGUUUGUCCUUAAGGAAGGACGCAAGCGGCAAAUUCGCAAGAUGUGUUCGGCCGCGCAUCUUGUGGUUUUAACCUUGAAGCGGGUCGCGGUUGGGGUGUUCGAGCUGCCUGCCGAGCUAAAGCCCGGCGAAUGGCGGGAUCUGAACAAAAACGAGGAGAUCGUUGAAGCAGGCUUUACCGAGGUGGUGACGCCGUUCAUCGCAGCACUGCCCGGCUUCGAUCCGCUCUCUGACCAAGAACUCGCUCCUCCCAAACCUUCCAAACCUUCCUCCCUUCUCCUCACUCCUCAAUUCAUCGGCAAGGAUCCGGCCGCGCUGCGCUCGGCGCUGGAGCGGGUGAAGGCGGCAGGAUACACGACGGCGGACCUUAACUGUGGCUGUCCGUUUCCCAUGGUCCGCAACAAAGGUCGCGGUGCUGGAAUUCUUCGCACGCCAGAGGUUCUUCGGGCAAUGUUGGAGGUUGGUUGUGAGGUGAUGGGCGAAGGACGAUUUUCGAUUAAGACGCGGCUUGGGAUUGAUCGGAAUGACGAACUGCUUGGACUGAUGCCGAUUAUCAAUGAUUUUCCACUUCGCCAUCUAACGCUUCAUGCGCGUACGGCUCGGCAGAUGUACUCGGGCGAGUGCGAUUGGACGGCAGCCGAGCGAGUGAUUGCGGCUGCGAAGGUUCCGAUUGUUCGAAAUGGCGAUAUUCGCUGUGAGGCGUCGAAGACUGCCGAAGUCAUGGUCGGGCGGGAUUUCAUUCGAGUGCUUGGACGGCGUGACGAUGCGCAAGAACUCCUUCGCCGUUACAUUGCUUCGUCGCGGCAGGAGCUUUUCGGUGAUGCCUCGGUCUUAGGUCGCAUGAAGGAGCUGCUUUCGUACUGGAAGGAGCUGCCGCGCUGGCGAAACCGGUGGAAUCUCAUCAAAAUCUGCCGUUCGAUAGAUGAACUUCUCGCGGUAAUAUGA